ACUCAAUUAUCAGUCCUACUUCACACGCUACAAGUUGAGUCAUCAAGUCAGUGGCGUUCAAUUAUAUGUAUAAAUAUAAAAAAAAUGGAAACAGUGCUAUAUUUGGAAAAUCAUAAUAUUCUGAUAAAUACAUAGACUCAAAAUAGGAAAAUUACUUUCUUUUGUAUCAAAAUUUGUUUAUGAAUCCGAUUAGUGCCCUCUUGGUGUAUAUUGAAAAACUAAAAAUACAUAAUUUUAUUUUAGAGUGAAUGAGAAGAAAACACUUUCCGGCUCAAGGUCAUUGAGCUCUAGUUGAUUUCAUUAAUUUUAGUUUAAUUUUAAAACAAGGAACAAUUUCAGUUUAACUGUUGUUCCACAUUUGAUUAUGAGUAGAUUAGGCAGAUGAAUUCCCUUAUUGUUUGAAAAUAGUAAAUCACAAUAGGUAGCAGAAGUAGAAAAUUCAGUGCCAGAGGAGCUAUGACUCGACCACCAAAUGAAAAUUUACCAACAGUCAAAUUAGUAGUUGUUGGAGAUGGAGGAGUCGGUAAAAGUGCCAUUACCAUUCAAUUUUUCCAAAAAUUAUUUGUUACUGAUUAUGAUCCUACUAUAGAAGACAGUUAUUUACAACAUGUAGAAGUAGAUGGACAAUGGUGUAUGCUAGAUGUUCUUGAUACAGCUGGUCAAGAAGAAUUCAGUGCCAUGAGAGAACAGUACAUGCGGAAAGGGGAUGGAUUUUUAUUGGUAUAUUCGGUAACUGAUAAAAAUAGUUAUGAAAAUAUUAUAAAUUUUCAUACUCAGAUAUUACGUGUCAAAGAUAGGGACACAUAUCCAAUGUUACUUGUGGCAAACAAAGUAGAUCUUGUACAUUUACGUAAAGUGACUGAAGAGCAAGGACGGGAUUUGGCUCAUAAAUUAGGGAUUCCGUACAUUGAAACUAGCGCAAAAGAUCCACCGUUGAAUAUAGACGCAACUUUUCAUGAGGUAGUGAGAAUUAUACGAAAUCAACCCCAAAACGAGAACGAAAGACGAAAAAAGAAAAAACUACAAAAAUUGGGCAAGUGCAUAUUGUUAUAAGUAUAUAUCUGUUGACUUUUUUAGAGCUUUUAUUAUGAUUAUUUUAAGGCAUAUGCAUACAGCUUAGAUGUUAUAUAAAGUGUUCAAUGUUGUAUAUGUUGUACCUGUAUUAGUUUUUUGUGAUUGACAGGCAGUAUGUUUGCUCAUUUUCGUUUCUUUUUUUUUCAAUUCUGGAUUUUACAUGUGUAUAACACUAUGAGAAAAGAAUAUAAUCCAAUUUUUUUGCUAGUUCCAUUAGGCUAGUUUUGGAAUAAAUAACAAUUGUUAAUUGGGUUCAGUUUUCAGAGUUUUCCCGAAAAAAAUCCAUUAUAAAAUUUUGGAAUGAAUAACUUAAUCAAUUAAAAAAUUGGGAUCACUUCAUGACUUGAAAGAAAUUUAAUGUAAAGCCGUUCCUUCAUUGGCAGUCUGUUCCGUAUGCAUACACCGACGCUAUGUUAUCAAAUGAUAUUCGGAUUGGUCUGUGGGAUUCACCAGAGUGAGUAGCUGCGGAAUAUUUAAAAUUUUUUCGCAUUUUUUGUAUGAAAUAAUAUCUCUAGGUUCUGAAGUGUUAAAAUUGGUGCUAGAGAUUGAAAAACACACGUGUCUGUAUACUUACACACUACCUGAAUAUUCAUGUAAGAACUUUAUCGAGAAAGCUUGGGUAGAGGUCAUUCUGUGCAUAGAGUGAAAAUAUUCAUCAUCACAAAUACGCCACGGUUGAAAUUAUUUUCAAUGUAAGGAUGUCUCCGAAAGUGUUUUCGUUUUCUUCUCAAUCGCAAAUAAACAAACAUCGUUAUAACUUCAUCAUCGUUGUUGGAGAACAUGUUGCUUUCACGGUGAAAGCAGUACACCAAACAUUUUAUUCAAAUUCAUACAUAUAUCAUAGGGAGAUUUUUUUACGGAUUCCUACUAUAUUAUUUAAUGUUACUCUUAUAAUCUUUGUGAGUAUCAAAAACUACUUGCUUAGGCUAUAACCAAUUAGCUGGCAACCAUAUUUUAGAUAUAAUUUCUGAUUUAUGUUAGUACUUGACUUUGAGCCAUCUGCUCAAACUAUCUAUAAAAUAGGUCGUUUGAGGGAUAGUUAGGUUGUUUGAUUGGUUAGGUUAUUCUUCUUUCCUGUGUAAGUUGUCCUUUUCUUAUAAAAGUAUACAGUCAUUGAAUAUUCUGGAUCUUUUCUGAUUGUUUACAAAAGGAGGAGGAAUGUUGAUAGAUGAAUUUUUUGGAAAAACUUUUAUGUUUUGGUCAAAUAUUGUAAAAGAGUGUAUUAUAAUAUUAUCAAAUCAAUUUAAGAAAUGCUUAGUAAAUUUUCAUUCAGUUAUAAUAUUUUGCAAUUCAUCUCUUUCGAAGUUCCAAUUUUUGUUUUUCAAAUAGGUCCCUGUUUGAUGAUUUUAAAAGUACUAUGAUAUUUGUUAAACUUUUAUAAUUAUCAAAUAGUUUUUUAACUCUAGAUCUAAAGAAUAAAAAUGAAUAUGUAUGUAAGGACCCAAUUGGCAAAAAAACAAAUAUUAUUAGGUAUAUUUUACACUUCGAAGUUGUUAUAUAUUUCUUAGCAAAAUUUGCUCAAAUUUUUAUAUUUUUGGAAUAAACACCGGUUUAACACUUAUGCGUCUUUCCAUGAUCAUAAUUUUGUUAAAAUAUUUUGUGAUCCAAUGAAGGUGUUUCUAAAUAAGAAAAUACUUACAUGAUAUAAUGAUUAUAAUUGAAGCAGAAGUUUUAAAAAUAAAAACAACCCUCAAAACAAACACAGUAAAAACUUUUCAACAAAAGAAAAUAACCAGACUUAUAGAAACAUAGAAACUUCUUCUAUAUAGUUGAAGUAACACAGAAAAGUCUUUCUUAAGUAUCUCGAUGGCUGGAUGGUUAGCGUAACAAAAGUUAUUAACAAAAUUAUGAUUCUGGAAAAUAAAUCAACUCAAAAGUUUUUUUAUAUACACUAGUAGUUAUUUAUAACCUAUUUAUUUUUAUUUAAUCCUUGUCAUACUUGAUCAUAGUUAUUAUGAGAAAUAUUUCUCUUCGAUGGCUUCAUACAAAGUGGUCCAGAAUCAUGAAAAAAAAUACUGUUAAUGUUUCUCAUUUGUUCUUGAUACUGUCACAAUUGACAGCUGAUAUAUGUCAAGUUUUAUGUAUGUGUGUCUUAGAUAAAAAUCAAUGUAUCUGGUUACAAUGUAGUACCCAUUAUUCUGCUUAUGUAUUGAGCAUUACUUUCAAUAAAAAGAUUGUUAAAUAAAUGUUACUGUUUAUUUUAAUAGCAGUGACCAUAUAUAUUUUUAAUAUUCGUAAUUUUAAAUAAGAUACACCUACAUAGUUGAGUUUUCGAAAAAAGAAAUGCACUUAUUUUUGGACAUAAUUCAACUCAAUUCUGGAUUACAUUGUAUAUCUUUUUGCGAUCUCUUUCGAUAAUUGUUUUUGUAACAUUUAGUUUUCAAUUGAUGUGUUCACUUUUUGAAGAAAUAAAAAAAAAACGAUGUAGAUUAGUAAAUGUUUUAUACGUACAAUAGAUAAUAAGUAUUUUACAUUCUUAAAAUAUUGUAUACCUAGAGCCAGUAAACUUUUUUUAUAUAUCCCUUGAUAUAAAUACCUCAUUUUCAAAUUUAGUUUUAUAUCUACAUCAACAACUAUUUCAUUUGUGACAUAUGUACAGCUUAAGCUUAUUUUAUAGUUUAUUGACUAUAAUUUUCAACAAUUUGAUUAUAACCGAACAGUAUCUUCAAGUUUGUGUAGUUUCUUAAAAAUUCUCAAAUUUAAUAAGAAAGUGAAUCAACAAGAUGAAAUCAAACUGCGGUAUCGUUUCCAUGCACACAAUUAUUUUUAUGUUAAAAAGCAUGAUUAGUAAUAUAUUUUCAUCUUUCGGAUCUGUCCAGCUAACAAAUAUUAAAAUAGGACACAUCAGGUAAUAAGACCAAAGAUUUCUCUAGUUUUUGAAUCCAUUUUAAAAAAAAUCUCAUCUUGUAUUAGGAGGUCUCUACAAGGUUGGAACAUUGCUUAAUAUUUAAACUGGUUUAAAUUAAUGUAUUUUCAUUCAAAGAAUCAACUUACCUAAAAUUGUCUCGUUAACCCUUUCAGUGAGUUAAAUAACUCAAUUCAAAAUAUAAAAAAUAUUUAAACUACCUUCAAUAUUUUUGAAUCUUCAAUAAUUUUUUUCUGUAUAAAUAUUGAUCAAAGAUUAAAAAAAUAUAUAUAAACUAUCCAAAACAAUAUUUUUCUCAAACCAUGUAAGUACCCUAUUUUAAAAAUGUUAAAUUUUAAUAAAUAGCUGGUGGUUUAGAUAUGAGAUAAAUAAAAAAUGUUUCUGGCUAAUGUUGGGUAGUUGUUUGUUUAUAAAAGAGCACAUACUAGAAAAAUUUAUAUUUAGAUCAUUAUCCAAGGCCUAAGUUAUUGUAUUUGGUCUAAUUUUGAUUUAUUGACAAUACUAAAGCGGCCGUAUUUCAACGAAUAUUAUUUAUAUUUAUUAUUUUUAUUUUUUACAACUGUUACAUUGUAAAAAAAUAUGUUAAUAUAUGUUCAAAUUAUUA